UUCCUUGUAGUUUUCAAAGCUUCUAUUUAUGUGUGUGUCUCUCUCUCACUCUUUCUUCUUUUUUCUCUAUUCUUAUAUAUACCUCGAUUCACUCCUUCGAUCCACUGUACAGAGAGAGAAGGACCCAUUUCUGUAACAUAAGCCCAGAGAGAGUGAUACCUCUCUUUCUUCUCUUUUUGUUCUUUCUUUGCUAUUAUCUUGGCUCUGGGUGUCUGGAUCGUGCUGCGCUCAAUUCCGGGUCGAUCCAGAUAUAUUUUUCCUCGAGAAGAAGAAGAGGAAUAGAAGGUUUUUGAUAUGGGGAGAGGUAGAGUUCAGCUCAAGAGAAUUGAGAACAAGAUCAAUAGGCAAGUGACCUUUUCCAAGAGAAGGUCUGGCUUGUUGAAGAAAGCCCAUGAGAUCUCUGUGCUUUGCGAUGCUGAGGUUGCUUUGAUCAUCUUCUCCACUAAAGGGAAGCUCUUUGAAUACUCUACGGAUUCCUGCAGCAUGGAAAGGAUCCUUGAACGUUAUGAGAGAUAUUCAUAUGCAGAGCGGCAGCUUGUUGCAACUGAUACCGAAACAAAUGGUAGCUGGACUCUCGAAUAUGCGAAGUUGAAGGCUAGGAUGGAGGUUUUACAAAGGAACCAAAGGCAUUUCAUGGGGGCAGAUCUUGAUAACUUAAGCCUCAAAGAGCUUCAGAGUUUGGAGCAACAAAUUGAUUCUGCUCUUAAACACAUAAGGUCAAGAAAGAACCAAAUGAUGCAUGAAUCUAUUUCAGAACUGCAGAAGAAGGACAAGGCAUUACAGGACCAAAACAACCAGCUUGCAAAGAAGGUUAAGGAGAAAGAGAAGGAAAUGGCUCAGCAGACACAAAAGGAGCAACAAAAUCUUGGUGCAGAUUCAUCUACUGUUCUUCUACCACCGCAGUCCUUCAUCCUAAGAGGCAAUGGAGGGGAGGAUGAAACAACUCCAAUCCAAGAUCGAGGCAAUGCAGUUCUGCCUGCUUGGAUGCUUUCCCACCUGAACGAGUAAAGAUGGGGAGAUGAAUGAAAAACAUUUUAUUCCCUAAACACAGUAAGAUGUGGGCAUGGGACUGAUUGGUAAGUGACAGCUAUUUAUAACGUAGGAAAUUAAGAAAAAAUAAUAUUGAGUUUGUCGAUAUUUCUCAAAGAUAUAGCAUAUAUUUUCCAUAAUAUUAAGUAUGUAUUCUGAAGCUUGGACGGGAUGGCAUUUCCAUGUAUCACUCUUGUAUACGUAAUCCUUGUGAUGUUGUACUAAUAUAAAUAUAUAUAGCUUACAUGUAUCUUUGACGAGGAGUGUGCUGCAAUACAGAAUAAAGCUCUUCUCUUCUCUUC